AUGACUAAAGUUAUAGUAUCAGGAGGUACAGGAUUCAUAGCUCAACAUAUAUUAAAACAAUUAUUAAAUAAGAAUUAUGAUAUAGUUUUCACUGCAAGAUCACAACAAAAGGGAGAUCAUAUUUUAAAAUUAUUUAAUAAACCUUCAAAUUUAAAAUAUGAAAUAGUAGAAGAUAUUGCCGAAAGUGGAGCUUUUGAUUCAUUAUUACAAAAACAUAAUGAAGCAGAAAUUUUUUUACAUACUGCUUCACCUUUCCAUUUUAAGUCUAAUGAUCCUGAAGUUUUAAUAAAACCUGCUGUUGAAGGUACGAAAAAUGUCUUAUCUGCUAUUGCCAAAUAUGGUUCCCAAAUUAAAAAAGUAGUAGUUACUAGUUCUUACGCUGCUGUUGCUAGAUCAGAUAAGAAAUCAACAGAUACUAUAACUGAAUCUGAUUGGAAUACUGAAACUUCUCCUGAGGUGAUUGGAAAUUCACCUGUUUUAGCUUACAGAGCUUCAAAAUCAUUAGCUGAACAAGAAGCUUGGAAUUUUACAAAGAAAAAUAAUGUAAAUUUUAAAUUAAGUACAAUAAAUCCAGUAUUUGUAUUUGGUCCACAAUUAUUUGAUUCUGAAAUUAAAUCAGAAUUAAAUACUUCUUCAGAAGUUAUAAAUAAAAUUAUCAAUUUAAAACCCCAAGAUAAAAUCCCACCUUUUAAAGGAGGUUGGAUCGAUGUACGUGACGUUGCUAAAGCUCAUUUAUCAGCUUUUGAAAACCCCCAAGCAGAAGAACAAAGAAUCAUCUUAUUUAAUUCAUCUUUUACUGAACAAACUAUUUUGGAUUUUAUUAAUAAACACUACCAAAAUUUAAAUUUACCUAAAGGUUCACCUGGAUCAGAUAAAUUACAAUUGGAAAAUUUACCUAAAAUUGAUGAUUCUAAAUCUAGGGAAAUUUUAGGGUUUAAAUUUGUUGAUUUUGAGACUUCGAUUUCUGAUUCUGUUGAUCAAAUUUUAAAAGCAAAAAAAAAACUUUGA